UUCAUUUCAAUUUAUAUGUUUUCUCUCUCUGAUGUCCCUGGAAUCUUGGUUGGAACACCCAUACAUACAUAUUAUUAUACAUAUAGAUAUAGAUAGAUAUACAUAUAAGUAGGUGAUUGCUGUUACGAUCCAUCCGGUGCUCUUAUUCAACUGAUUUCCUUUCUUCCUGAUUAAGAAAAAAGAAAAAAAGCAAGUGUUUUCUUGUUGUUGUUGUUGUAAUUGGGGGAGGUUGAAAGAAUCAAUCAAUUAACAAUAAUAAUAAUAGUAAUAAUAAAAAAGACUGCCGAUGUCGAUGUCAGAUUGUUCAGAUACUUCGUCUCAAGGAGGGGGAGGAGAUUAUAGAUACUUGAGACAAAUUACUCGUGAUCGGUUAUUGUAUGAAAUGCUCAGAUCUGCAAAAAGACCGGAUUCAAAAUCUAAUUGGAAGGUACUGAUCAUGGACAAAGUGACUGUUAAAAUUAUGUCAUGCUCAUGCAAGAUGGCAGAUAUCACUGAUGAAGGAGUUUCAUUGGUGGAAGACAUAAACAAGAGAAGACAGCCUUUGCCUACUAUGGAUGCAGUGUAUUAUAUCCAGCCAACAAAAGAAAAUGUUGUAAUGCUCUUGUCUGACAUGGCUGGAAGAACACCUCUUUAUAGAGAUGCCUAUGUCUUUUUCAGUUCAUCAGUUCCAAAAGAGUUGGUCAAUUACAUCAAAAAGGAGCAAAGUUUAAAAUCUCGUUUACGUGCUAUGAAAGAGAUGAACUUGGAGUACUUCGCCGUUGAUAGCCAGUGUUUUAUAACUGAUAACACAAUGGCUUUGGAAGAACUUUAUGGGAACGAGGAAAUGUCCCGAAAAGGAGACGAAUGUUUGAAUGUGAUGGCCAACCGGAUUGCUACCGUCUUUGCUUCAUUAUUGGAGUUUCCCUAUGUACGUUACCGUGCUGCAAAAUCCCUUGAUCCUACCACAAUGACUACAAUUCGUGAUUUGAUCCCUACAAAGCUCGCUGCAGCGGUUUGGAAUUGUCUUAUGAAGUAUAAAGCUCUAAAAAACUUCAAUUUCCCUCAGACAGAAACGUGCGAGUUGCUCAUUCUGGAUAGAUCAAUAGACCCGAUCGCUCCUAUCAUUCACGAAUGGACAUAUGAUGCCAUGUGCCAUGAUUUACUUAAUAUGGAUGGAAAUAAGUAUGUUCAUGAGGUUGCAAGCAAAACAGGUGGCCUUCCAGAAAAGAAAGAGGUCCUACUGGAAGAUCAUGAUCCUGUAUGGCUAGAGCUCCGCCAUUCACAUAUUGCAGAUGCUAGUGAACGGUUGCAUGACAAGAUGACGAGCUUUGUCUCAAAGAAUAAAGCUGCACAGAUGCAUGGUUCAAGAGGUGGUGGUGAGCUGUCUACUCGAGACUUGCAAAAGAUGGUUCAAGCAUUGCCACAAUAUAGUGAACAGAUCGACAAACUAUCCCUUCAUGUUGAUAUUGCUGCGAGGAUUAACAAAAUUAUUAGAGAGUCAGGGCUUAAAGAAGCGGGGCAACUAGAACAGGACCUUGUGUUUGGAGAUGCAGGAACUAAGGAGGUCAUCAACUUCCUUAGAACAAAACCGGAUGCUCCACGUGAAAAUAAAUUGCGAUUAUUAAUGAUAUAUGCUGCAACUCAUCCAGAGAAGUUUGAAAGUGACAAACUUGCAAAGUUAAUGGAGUUAGCAAGACUUCCGCAUGAUGAUAUGAAUGCUGUGUACAAUAUGAGAUUUCUUGAGGGAUCAGCAGAUGCUAAAAAGAGCUCAAUUGGGGCCUUCUCUUUAAAGUUUGAUGUGCACAAGAAGAAGCAUGGCUUAAGAAAAGAUCGUGCUGGUGAAGAAUCGACAUGGCAGUUAUCACGGUUUUAUCCUAUGAUUGAGGAACUAGUUGAAAAACUCAUUAAAAAUGAAUUACCAAAGAAUGAUUACCCUUGUAUGAAUGAUCCAAGUCCCACCUUUCAUGGGAGGUCACAGUCUGAGUCAGCAAAGAUGGUUGAACCUCCACCUGCUCAUUCAAUGAGAUCAAGGCGACCAGCAACAUGGGCCAGGCCUAGAGAUUCUGAAGAUGGGUAUUCAAGUGAUUCCAUUCUAAGGCAUGCAUCUAGUGAUUUUAAAAAGAUGGGUCGACGGGUUUUUGUGUUUAUUGUUGGUGGAGCAACUAGAUCAGAGUUGCGGGUUUGUCACAAGUUGACAACUAAAUUGAAGAGAGAAGUUGUUCUAGGUUCAACAUGUCUUGACGAUCCUCCACAGUUUAUUACGAAACUGAAGCUGCUUACUGCAAAUGAACUAUCAUUGGAUGAUCUUGAAAUUUAGAGCCUUGUAUAUUAUAUGUGGAAUUUUCAGAAACUGAAGCUGCUUAUGGCAAAUGAACUAUCGUUGGAUGAUCUUAAAGUUUAAGAUGCAUUUGUGUAUUGAAAGUGGUUGUUUCAUGAGUUUCGGUUUGUAAUCACAUAUCUCAGUCUCUAAUUCCAUUGUUUCCGACUAUUUGGCGAUUGAUGUAAUAUGCAUCCCGGCUAACCCUUUAUGUUGGUUCACUAAAACAACUUUGUACCAGUCCAGUCCAGAAACGUAAACUUCAGGUUCUCCUCUAAACUUGUUUCUUCUCUGCCUAUGGCAGGUGUGUUUACGCUUUGAAAUAUGCUUUGAUGCGAUCAA